CGCAACUGCAUUACAGCGAGAAAAAUACCACCAGAUGGCAGUUUAGGAUUGCUGCUCUUCUCCAAGGCGCGGUUCCGCUCGCACGGCCAAUUUUCAAUAUUAAAAUACGCACAAUAUUAAAACAAAUAUCGACUUAUAAUUUCGGAAGUUGAUAAUUGAGCCAGCGAUGGUCGUUAAAGGGCGUGGAGAUUGUUAAGCUGCAGUGCGAGCAUCUUUCUCAUCGAGUAGACCCCAAACGAAGACCACCCCCUCCCCUUCCCCCUUCCAGUCACACCGCCAUCUCAACUUUGCUUCCUGACGACGACCCCGACGACGGGCACACACACCCAAACACACACACAGCUUGCAGAUCGUGCCGCGACCCCUGAUUGGCCAGGAUGAUCACCUCCGAGCUCCCCGUCCUGCAGGACUCGUCCAACGAGUCGGCGGCCCCCGACGCCGUCAGCCUGAGCAUGAGCAUGAGCGAGAUCGAAGACCCCGAGGUGAAGGGGAAGAAGAAGAGGGGGAGGCCCGGGAAGCAGCAGCAGUCGGCCACUAAGAAACCCCGGAAGUCUCCGACGGACAAGGCUGUGGGCGUGACCCGAGGGCGAGGGAAAGCCAAUGGCGUGGCCGUACACAACGGGGAGGGCGGGGAACCAGUCACCCUGUUUGAAGUGGUCAAACUGGGCAAGAGCGCCAUGCAGUCUGUUGUGGACGACUGGAUCGAGUCGUACAAACAGGACCGGGACAUAGCGCUGCUGGACCUCAUUAACUUCUUCAUUCAGUGCUCUGGCUGCAAGGGAACGGUGCGGAUCGAGAUGUUCCGGAACAUGCAGAACGCUGAGAUCAUCCGCAAGAUGACGGAGGAGUUCGACGAGGACAGCGGCGACUACCCACUCACCAUGCCCGGCCCCCUGUGGAAGAAGUUCCGCUACAACUUCUGCGAGUUCAUCUGCGUGCUGAUUCGCCAGUGCCAGUACAGCAUCAUCUACGACGAGUACAUGAUGGACACGGUCAUCUCACUGCUCACGGGGCUGUCGGACUCCCAGGUGCGGGCCUUCAGACACACGUCCACGCUGGCAGCGAUGAAGCUGAUGACGGCGCUGGUGAACGUGGCGCUGAACCUCAGCAUCCACCAGGACAACACGCAGCGGCAGUACGAGGCCGAGAGGAACAAGAUGGCCGGCAAGAGGGCCAACGAGAAGCUGGAGCUGCUACUACAGAAGAGGAAGGAGCUCCAAGAGAACCAGGACGAAAUCGAGAACAUGAUGAACUCCAUCUUCAAGGGCAUAUUCGUCCAUCGCUACAGGGAUGCCAUUGCAGAGAUCCGCGCCAUCUGCAUCGAGGAGAUCGGUGUGUGGAUGAAGAUGUACAGCGACGCCUUUCUCAACGACAGCUACCUGAAAUACGUGGGCUGGACUCUGCACGACCGGCAAGGCGAGGUGCGUUUGAAGUGUCUGAAGGCACUGCAGAACCUGUACACCAACAGAGAACUGUUCCCCAAGCUAGAGCUCUUCACCAACCGCUUCAAGGACCGCAUCGUAUCGAUGACCCUCGACAAGGAGUACGACGUGGCUGUGGAGGCCAUCCGAUUGGUCACCCUGAUCCUGCAGGGGAGUGAGGACGCUCUGUCCAAUGAGGACUGCGAGAACGUGUACCACCUGGUCUACUCCGCCCACCGGCCCGUGGCGGUGGCCGCCGGAGAGUUCCUCCACAGGAAGCUCUUCAGCCGCCACGACCCCCUGGCCGAGGAGGCCCUGGCCAAGCGGCGAGGCCGCAGCAGCCCCAACGGGAACCUCAUCCGCAUGCUGGUGCUCUUCUUCCUGGAGAGCGAGCUCCACGAGCACGCUGCCUACCUGGUGGACUCUCUGUGGGAGAGCUCCCAGGAGCUGCUGAAGGACUGGGAGUGUAUGACGGAGCUGCUGCUAGAGGAGCCCGUCGGGGGAGAGGAGGUGUUGUCAGACAGGCAGGAGAGUGCUCUGAUAGAGCUGAUGGUUUGUACCAUCCGCCAGGCCGCCGAAGCCCACCCACCGGUCGGCAGGGGCACCGGGAAGCGCGUGCUGACAGCGAAGGAGAGGAAGACGCAGAUAGAUGACAAGAACAAACUGACGGAGCACUUCAUCAUGGCGUUGCCGAUGCUGCUGUCCAAAUACCAGGCGGACUCUGAGAAGGUGGCCAACCUGCUGCAGAUCCCGCAGUUCUUCGACCUGGACGUGUACAGCGCCGGGCGCAUGGAGAAGCACCUGGACGCGCUGCUGAAGCAGAUCCGCCUGGUGGUGGAGAAGCACAUCGAGGCGGACGUGCUGGAGGCCUGCAGCAAGACCUACAGCAUCCUGUGCUCGGAGGAGUACACCAUCAUGAACCGCGUGGACAUCGCCCGCUCGCAGCUCAUCGACGAGAUGACGGACCGCUUCGCCCACUCGGUGGAGGAGCUGCUGCAGGAGGCGGAGGAGGCCGACGACGACGACAUCUACAACGUCCUCGCCACCCUCAAGAGGCUCACCGCCUUCCACAAUGCCCACGACCUGACCCGCUGGGACCUGUUUGGGAACUGCUACCGGCUGCUGAAAGCGGGCAUCGAGCAGGGAUCCAUGCCCGAGCAGAUCGCCGUACAAGCCCUCCAGUGUUCCCACUACUCCAUCCUCUGGCAGCUGGUGAAGAUCACCGAGGGAGCCCCCAGCAAGGACGACCUGCUGGCUCUCAGGAGAGUGGUGAAGUCCUUCCUGGCAGUGUGUCAGCAGUGUCUUUCCAACGUCAACACGCCCGUCAAAGAACAGGCCUUCAUGCUGCUGUGUGACCUGCUGAUGAUCUUCAGCCACCAGCUGGUGUCGGGGGGCCGGGAGGGUCUCCAGCCGCUGGUCUUCAACCCAGACUCCACCCUGCAGAAUGAGCUGCUCAACUUCGUGCUGGACCACGUGUUCAUCGACCAGGAUGACGAGAACCAGAGCAUGGAAGGAGACGAGGAGGAUGAGGCGAACAAGAUCGAGGCGCUGCACAAGAGGAGGAACCUGUUGGCGGCCUUCAGCAAACUCAUCAUCUACGACAUCGUAGACAUGCCCGCCGCCGCCGACAUCUUCAAACACUACAUGAAGUACUACAACGACUACGGUGACAUCAUCAAGGAGACGCUGAGCAAGACGAGGCAGACGGACAAGAUCCAGUGUGCCAAGACGCUCAUUCUCAGCUUGCAGCAGUUGUUCAACGAGCUGCUCCAGGACCAGGGGCCCAACCUGGACCGGACCUCGUCCCACGUCAGCGGCAUCAAGGAGCUGGCCCGCCGCUUCGCCCUCACCUUCGGCCUGGACCAGAUCAAGACCAGGGAGGCCGUCGCCACACUACACAAGGACGGUAUCGAGUUUGCCUUCAAGUUCCAGAACCCCCGUGGAGCAGAGCUGCCCCCCAUCAACCUGGCCUUCCUGGAGGUCCUCAGCGAGUUCUCCUCCAAGCUGCUGCGGCAGGACAAGAAGACUGUCCACUCGUACCUGGAGAAGUUCAUGUCGGAGACGAUGUCGGAGCGCCGGGAGGACGUGUGGCUGCCGCUCAUCUCGUACCGCAACAGCCUGCUGACGGGCGGCGACGAGGGAGACCGCAUGUCCGUCACCUCGGGCUCCAGCAGCAAGACGGGCUCGGUGCGCAGCAAGAAGGGCCGGCCGCCGCUGCACAAGAAGCGCAUCGAGGAGGAGAGCAGCGUGGAGGGCUCGUGGCUGAUGCGCAGCGACACCACCUUGCAGACCCCCGGACCCCUACAGCCCCCCCAGCUCACCUCGACCGUGCUGCGGGAGAACCGGGCCGCCGAACACCUGCCGGACCCCGACUCAGAACCGGGCUCCGAGAACGACUUCGUACACAAUCCUCAGAUGCAGAUGUCGUGGCUGGGCCAGCAGAAGAUGGACGACAGCAGCAGGAAAGAUCGCUCGGGCAUGAGCUACAUCAAGUCACGCAGCAACCAGGGCGUCCGACAGACCGUACGCGGUCUGAUGGAGGAUGACGCCGAGCCCAUCUUCGAGGACGUGAUGAUGUCAUCGCGGGGUCAACUGGAGGACAUGAACGAGGAGUUUGAGGACACCAUGGUGAUCGACCUGCCACCGUCUCGGAACAGACGCGAGCGGGCGGAGUUGAGACCAGACUUUUUCGACUCUGCGGCGAUGAUCGAGGACGAGUCGGGAUUCAGCAUGCCAAUGUUCUGAGAAGGGGAUUCAACGAUCCUGAAAAAGGAAAAAGAUUCCAGUGCGCAGCACGGUGAAGAAUGGGUUGUCUUUUUGGGGAGGGAGGGGGGGGGGGGGGGGGGGAGAUCCUGAAUCAGCUGCCAAACUCUUUAUAAGACUAUAUGCGACACCGGUUGAGUACUUUUUCCAGGUUCCCGAGACUUUUCUUCUCGUACUUUACAACAAGAUGGCUGCCACUAAGUGUCGAAGGGGGUUGGGGGGGCUGGGGGUCAUCCUCUGAUGAUGACUCUUGGAUUGGACGGAAGAUGAUCGCAACAGACCAGGAUUGGCUCCUUUUCUGAACCCGCCCCCAGCCCCGACCCCCUCCAGUCAAGACUAUCAAAAUGGGGGCGGACCUUCAUCUAUCUCCCCGUUCUCCUCCUGCUCCUUCCAAGUGCAUUGGUGAAACUCUCUGGUAGCCGGCUUUGGGACUGUUGACCAAUGUUUUGGUGCGUCCCGUUUUACCGUCCCCUGCUCCACCAAUGCAGAGGCCAUUGGUUCCUGGCAGUGACCCUCCCCACCCCAACAGAUGUUUUUGAUUUGUUCCCCCCUGGUGUCUCUCUCUAACCCUUCUGUUUUCGUCCAACAGGGGGACCCGAGAACAGUAGUAAAUGUGAUCUAUCUUUUCCCCCUCGCCCUCUGUUUGCCAUCCGAUCCCUUGUCUGUGGUGGUUGGUGUGUGAAGUGUAUUGUGUUGGUUACAUUUUUGGUUAUUUAGAUGUACACACUCAUACACAGGCAUUUGCGCACCAAGGUGAAUGUCCCCCCCCCCCCUUAUAGACUGACAUUGAGAAUUUGUGUAAUUGUGUUGUGCUCGAAGGAAAAUUGAGUGUUGUGAUUGGAUGAGAAAGAAACGCUCACACUGAUCUUGGACAAAAGCUCCGCCCUGUUUAAAGCGCACCACCCCGAACCAAGACUUUUGAAGGGAAAAUGUUUUAAAAAAAAAAACAAACAUAUUUUGAAUUCUGUAGCUUUAGUACAAACGUUUUAAAUCAAGUGUUUUUUCCGUUGUCUGUUUGUACAGCUCUUUGUUGAAUAUCUUGUUGCCAAAUUGUGGCCUACAUACUUAUACCCGAACCCUUUUUGUUACUAACGUAAAAGCAGACACUGUUGCUAUGGGAUACCAGGGGAGCCAAAGUGCUGUAUGUUUUGAUUGUAGCCAUCUCAACGACUCAUCCUUUUAUUCUGAUUUCUCUCGCCCGGUUCCGAAUCCUCACGUGAUCGGUUAGCGGUGGAAGCUUAGCUAACGUUUGGCACGUUCAACCGAAAUCGUUGCUCAUAUCGCACACAAAAUGUCAACAGGGUGAACAGAUCCAGUGUACAACAACCCGUUUCAGCUUUAGACGUAAACGGUUCAUAUAUUUAUAUAAAAUAUAUAUAAUAUAUGUAGAGCAAAACGAUUGGUGCGUGCCAUUGUUUUCUGAUGGAUUUGUCCACUGGUUUGACUGUUUACGACGAAUAUUACCGCAACCCACUGUUGGUGCAAUCAAUCAAGUGAUCAUGUGUUCCCUGUGGCAGGUUUGGCAGUCCUGUAGAUAUCAAUUUGAUUGGGUCUUUAUGCUGCACAAUUAACGUCACCCGUUCUUAAAUACUCUAAAAGUACAUCUUUUCUGCCAACUUAAAUUCUUUUUAAUAAAAUAAAAUCUGUAAUCAAUUCCUGA